AUGGCGGUCAACAUACGUGCUUAUAUAACUCUGUAUCGAAAGAACGAAAGUACAAGAGUCCGGGAGCACACAUCACAUCAUGUAACGAGAUUAAGACACUCGAGGCAUUUAGAGGGGUACCCACCGAUACAUACCUCCUCCUUUGUACCGGUCACAUCACCCAAGCUGGCCGUCAAAGAUAACCACAAGCCGCUAUUCACCGAGUGCCUGAACUACAGGCCGUCAGUAAAGGAGGAACAACCUGUCGGCACAUUUGUGUUCACGGUACACGCAGAAGACCGUGACCCUCCAGAAAUGGGUGGGACGGUAACUUAUAAGUUUGUCUCCACUCCUGGUGAAAAGGAGAGGUUCCACGUCGACCCUAAGACAGGGCGAAUUACUACAGCUGAUAUUUUCGAUCACGAUGAACCGUCCAGAGAGAAGGAAGCGUAUAUAACAGUUCGGGCGUCGGACAACGGCCAACCACAACUAGACGACGCGUGCACCAUCAAAAUUAUUAUAGAAGACAUCAAUGACAAUCCGCCCGUGUUCGACAAAGUUUCAUAUUCGGAGUCAGUUCCUCAAGACCUUCCGAGUGGGCGCGAGGUGAUGAGGAUAUCAGCGACGGAUAUAGAUGAUGGGAACAAUUCCAUCGUCCAUUACAGCCUGGAUUCCAACUCGCCGGAUCAAGCCUAUUUUUAUAUCGAUCCAGAUAACGGAGUUAUCUUUUUAAAUAAGACUAUAGAUAAACCGCCGGGGUAUAAGUUUAAACUGAGCGCGAUAGUAAUAGAUAUGGGAAGCCCGUCCCAGCAAAGUUCUAUAACUUUAGACAUCCAAGUUGUAGAAUCUAACAAGAAGAGCCCAUCGUUCAUAGAAGUUCCUGAUGAACCGAUAAGAUUAAAAGAAAAUUAUUCGGAUUUCAACACUCCCAUAGCAACAGUAAGGGCUAUAUCAAAUAUACCAGAAGAAAAGAAGCUCCAAUUUGAACUGGUCCAAGGUCAAACAGAACAAACUAAUAAAUGGCACACAUUUGUAUUGGAACCAGAAACAAACACUGCGUAUAUCAAGCUUGGUAACCAUUUGGAUUACGAAAAGAUUACAGAUUAUACGCUUACUGUAAGAAUACAGAAUAAUUACAAACUAGCAGCUGAAACGAUAAUCCAAAUAGAAGUGGAAGACGUCAAUGACAACAUUCCUAUAUUCAGCGAAAUUCGUUCAGGAAGUGUCCUCGAAAACGAGAACCCAGGCACACCAGUAAUGCAAGUUCGAGCUUUCGACUCAGAUGGAACGUCAGCUAAUAAUCAAAUCACUUACGAACUCGGCGACCCUUCAGAUCCAUUCGCAAUUGACCGUAUAACUGGCAACAUUACUACACUCAAAAUGUUUGAUAGAGAAGAAAGGAGUUUCUACAACAUCAAAAUAAUAGCGACUGAUAACUCCGAAUCUGCUCUAAUACCUGGCAAACAUAAUGCUGGACAGCAAGUAUUCCUUAUUGAAAUAGCUGAUAAGAACGAUAAUCCUCCACAUUUUACACAAGACACUUAUGUUGCUGAGUCAAUAGCCGAGAAUGCCAAUAUCAAUGAGUUGGUCACUGUUGUUAGUGCACUGGAUAUCGAUACAGCUUCCGUGGUCUCAUACAGCAUUGUUGCUGGCAAUACUUAUGAUGCUUUCGUCAUUCGUAACUUCACUGGUGAAAUUCGCGUCAAUAGUGAGCUGGAUUAUGAGAACAUUACCAGUUAUACCUUGGAUGUCCGGGCAUUUGAUGGCAUCUACGAAGACUACGCCAAAGUUAUCAUCAACAUUGAGAAUUUGAAUGACAAUCCACCAGUAUUUUUAGCUAAUUACACAAAGACUAUUGAGGAAGAGAAAUUGUAUGAAGGUUGUAUUGUAAAGGUUGAAGCUUACGACCCUGAUAUCAAAGACAGAAAUGCACCUCAGAACAUAGUUUAUUCUCUCGUCAAACACGAACAAAAGGAGUUUCUUCAAAUUGACAACGAUGGUUGUCUCCGACUAACCAAACCUUUGGAUAGGGACCAGCCACUAGGGUUUACAAGAUGGCAAAUUCUGAUCAUGGCGGCUGACCAGGGAGGAAGACUUGGGUCAGAUAGUUUAAGAUCCACGACGGAGGUCAUAUUGGAACUGACGGAUAUAAACGAUAAUGCUCCGUUUUUGACUAAUACGCAACCUGUAAUAUGGUAUGAGAACGAGCCACCAGGCCAGGUAGUGGUCCUGAGUGCCAAGGAUUAUGACUCGACGGAGAAUGGACCUCCUUUUACAUUUGCACUGAAUGAAUCUGCCUCCUUUGAUAUUCGUUCUAAAUUUCACAUACAAGGCAACAUCUUGUCCACGCUCGUAUCUUUCGAUAGAGAACAACGAAAGGAGUACAGAAUCCCAGUAGCCAUCACAGACUCCGGCACCCCCAGGCUGACAGGUGUGUCCAUCCUUCAUGUGGUCAUCGGUGACAAGAACGACAACCCCAUGGCACCCGGACAUAGUGACAUCUUUGUGUACAAUUAUAAGGGUGAAGCGCCGGACACGGAAAUUGGUCGUGUUUACGUCGAGGAUCCAGAUGAUUGGGACUUGGCUGACAAGCGGUUUAUGUGGCUACCUUCAUACGAACAGAGGAGUCCAUACUUCGAUAUUCAUAGCAACACCGGUAUGAUCACUAUGAAGGAGGGAACGCCUAAUGGAACUUAUUUGUUGCGGUUUAAUGUGACAGAAGAAAACGAACCUCUUGUACCCUUCCACUGGGUUGAAGCGACCGUCAAUGUUACCAUAAAGGAGAUUCCUGAAGAGGCCGUGGACAAAUCUGGUUCUAUACGAUUUGUGAAUAUCACAGCUGAAGAGUUCAUUAUUCCAGAAGCUGAUGGCACGAGUAAAAAGGACAAGCUACAUAGAAUGCUCGCUCGACUGUACAACACCUCUACGGACGAUGUCGAUGUGUUCACUGUAUUCACCAAGAAUACGGUGAAGGAUGUGUUUCUUGAUGUACGGUUCUCCGCACAUGGAUCGCCUUAUUAUCCGCCAGAGAAAUUGGACAGCAUGGUCGUUGGAAUACAAGAAAAGUUGGAAGAAGAACUCCAAUCGAAGAUUUACAUGGUGAAGAUCGACGAGUGUUUAGUAGAGAAGGAACAAUGCGAAGACUCUUGUAGGAACGUGCUGAUGAAAAACAACGUGCCACAGUCCGUUUACACCAAUACCACCAGUUUCGUGGGAGUAUCGGCAAGGGUGGAGUCUGAGUGUACCUGUGAUGUAGUUGAACCACUUGUGUGUUUAAACGGAGGAACUCCAUUCGCCGAUAAAUGCGAGUGCCCUGAAGGUCUGUCAGGACCUCAUUGUGAACAGACUUCUAUCGGUUUCCACGGCGACGGUUGGGCGAUGUACUCCGCGCCACCUGCCUGUCAAGAAGGGCGCGUGACCUUGACUGUUACCUCACACUCUGGGAACAGUUUGAUCUUCUACUUGGGUCCUUUGAAACAUAAUCCACUGCUGGAAGUUCAAGAUUUCAUGUCAUUGGAACUGGUUGAAGGUUACCCCGUGUUACUUGUGAACUACGGCUCGGGAACAACAAAACUGAAUAACACAGUAGUCCAGGUCGCCGAUGGAAAACCUCAUCUGAUAGAAAUCGUUUUAAUGAGAAGCUCUAUUGAGAUGUUCGUUGACAGAUGCAAACUUUCCACGUGUAUGAGCUUAGCUGCACCUACUGGACCCAGAGAAAUCUUAAAUGUAAACGGACCACUUCAGCUGGGCGGUGCAAGUAUAGAUCUACAGAACUUGGCCAGGGCAUUCAGCUGGCGACACGUGCCAACCAACCAAAACUUUGUUGGCUGCAUCAGCAAUUUUACCUACAAUGAUUUCAUGUACAACUUAGGUGAACCGUCGCUCCAUAAGAACGCAGACCCCAGCUGUCAGCGUUCUAUGUUCACAGCGGUUACCUUCGGCAUCGAUACCAACUUCCUCGUCGCCAUACUAGUCUGCAUUGCUAUUUUAGCAAUUCUUUUACUCGCUGUCGUGGUUCACCGACGAAGAGCAGAUGCGUGGGCAGAAAAAGAGUUGGACGACAUCAGGGAGAAUAUCAUCGCUUAUGAAGACGAAGGUGGCGGCGAAGGCGACGCCGGGUACGACUUGCACGUGCUGAGGCAGAUGUACGACGGACCCCUGCCUGACACUGACACGUUCAUGCAGAGCAGAGGUUUGGUAGGCGCAGCGCCUGAUAUAUCAGGGUUCCUGGAUGAUAAGAAAUCAGUUCUAGAUAGAGAUCCAGAUAUAACCCCGUACGACGACGUUCGUCACUACGCGUACGAAGGAGAUGGCAACACAAGCGGCUCGCUGUCAUCAUUAGCUAGUUGUACGGACGAUGGCGACUUAAAGUUCAAUUACCUAUCUACAUUUGGUCCUCGGUUCCGCAAGCUUGCGGAUAUGUAUGGCGAUUCCGAUGACGAUCGACCUCACGAAGAAUCUUGGUGCUAG